GGCCGGCCAGAGCAGCAAAGCUUUUGGUGGAGCUCUUUGACCUGGUUGUCUCUCUUCCCGCGUAAUUCCCUCAUUGUCCAAUUCACCAUUUGAUUUCUUCUCUUCAAUUCCCCACCUACUUCACUUAAACUAAUACUUCCUCUUUUCUUCCUCAACCCUUUCAACUCAACUGCCCACCCACCAUAGCCUUCAUAGCCACACCUUCCAUCUCCCCCACCGCCGCCCACCUUCAACCAUGUCCCCAAUACCCUUCUGCUCUCUCCUCCUCUUCCUCUCUCUCUUCUUCUCCCUCUCCCUUUCUCAACCCCCUAGACGUGCUCUGAUUGACUGCGGCGCUGCUGUUGGCUCGGUGAUCGACGGCCAAGAAUGGUCGCCGGACGGGGACUAUAUCGCCGUUGGGGCACCCAAGAACGUGUCUUUUCCGGGUAUGGACCCCAGGCUUUCGACCGCCCGUACAUUCCCGGUUGUGGGCAACAAUUUCAAGAAAUUCUGCUACGUUGUCCCCGUGUUUCGCGGAGGGAAGUACAUGGUCCGUACAACGUAUUUCUACGGCGGGGUCAACGGGAAUCCUACUCCGCCGGUAUUUGACCAGAUUGUGGAUGGGACUCUGUGGAGCGCUGUGAAUACAACCCAGGAUUACCUUGCUCAGAUCCCUACUUACUAUGAAGGGAUGUUUUUGGCUGCGGAUAAGGCCAUGAGGGUGUGCUUGGGAGCCAAUGAUCAUACGGAUUCCGACCCGUUUAUUUCGGCUCUGGAGAUUCUGUUGGUGGGGGAUUCCUUGUACAAUUCCACUGAUUUCAACAAUUAUUCUCUUAGGUUGUAUGCAAGGCACAGUUUUGGGUACAAUGGCCCACCUAUUCGAUACCCUGAUGAUCAAUUUGAUCGAUACUGGGAGCAGUUUGGAGUGCAUUCUCCUGCUGAACCAAAUCUCAACAAUGUGUCUGUUUCGGGUUUUUGGAAUCUUCCCCCUCAGAAACUAUUUCAGACACACCUUGGAAUGAACAGGCCUGAACCAUUGGAGUUGUUGUGGCCUCCCUCGCCUCUGCCAAACGCAACGUAUCAUAUUGCUCUUUACUUUGCUGAUGAUCGGGAUACAUUUUCGGGGAGAGUUUUCAACAUAAGCUUGAAUGGUUUAGUUUAUUACCCCAACCUUAAUGUGACUCCAUCUGGUUUAGCUGUCUUUACAAAUGAAUGGCUUCUCUCUGGCGUUACGAAUAUAACUUUAAACCCUGCCCCUGGUUCAAGUGUUGGUCCUCUGAUCAAUGCGGGAGAGAUUUUUGAAGUGUUGCCUCUCGGUGGGAAAACACACACUCGAGAUGUCAUUGCUUUGGAAAGAUUGAAGGGAAGUUUCAAGAAUCCUCCGCUUGAUUGGAGUGGUGAUCCAUGUCUUCCCCCUCAGUACCCGUGGACCGGAGUUGUGUGUUCUGGAGGAUCCCGAAUUCGUGUGAUAGCUUUAAACUUGACUAGGAUGGGACUAUCGGGAACAAUUUCCCCGGGCAUUGCCAACUUGACUGCAUUGAGUGGCAUCUGGCUUGGAAACAAUAAUUUGUCUGGAGAUAUCCCGGAUUUAUCUUCUUUAAAGAGAUUGGAAACUUUACAUUUGGAAGACAAUCUGCUCGGUGGAGAGAUUUCCCCGUCACUUGGGAGCAUUGAAAGCCUUAAUGAACUCUUCUUGCAAAACAAUAAUCUCACUGGCAAAAUACCGGACAACCUUGUUGGGAAACCUGGAAUAAACCUUAGGACUUCUGGGAAUCCAUUCUUGUCGCAACCAUGAACCACCUAGAUGAGGAAGUGGAUAAAUUGAAGACUAUAUAAAUGUAUAUUAUUUUGGGUCCAACACUUUCACAAUCUCCAUUUGCAUUUUUUUCUUUUCUUGUAAAUCAUAUAUGUACAACACAAUGACCAGGACUUGACUCUUGAGCAUGGAAAAUGGUCCCCCAUUUGUUGUUUAACUCACCAUAGUUCAGUAGAAAGAAAUGUUUGCUCAAUUUUGUGUAAUUAAUUGGUUGUGUAUAGACUGACAUAAAGAAAAGAGCUCUGUUUAGAUUCUUUAAUUCU